AGUUUCCGACCAGCAGCAAGUUACCAGUUAUGGAGUCCGAGGCACUGAGAAGACUGGCUUCCAAAGUGGGGGUGACCUCCAGCCGGGUCAUAGGAAAAGCUGAAGAGUAUCUGCGCCUUUCCCAGCUGAAGUGUUCAGGGCUGUCGGCACGCGCUACAGCCACCAGUAACGCCGUGAUGUGUCUCCAGAUUGCAGCAACGUCAUUCAAUCACCCCGUAGACAAAGAUUACUUGGUCACCUUGUCAGGCCUAAACAAGAAGACGUAUCAAAGUUGUCUGAAGACGUUCGAGUGCCUGCUAGGCGUGGAUUCAAAGUUGGGUCUCCGAGACCUUGCCGUUCAGCAUGGGUGCAUGGAAGCCAUCAACGCUGCGUCCAAAAUAUUGAGCAGGUACGAAUCCAGCCUUCCUCAGGCUCAACUGGCAGACCUGGAUUUAUCCAAACCUCUGUUUAUCACGGCUGCCCUGUACUCUGCAUGCAGGUGCCUUAAGAUGAAAGUUGAGAAGAAUAAGUUACUUGCUGCAUCGGGAGUGAAGAAAGGGAUAUUUGACCGUCUUUGUGUUCAACUGGAAAAGAUUGGUCUUCAAAUUUGUCAGGAAAGUACGCCAGUGACACAACAGCCGCGUAAGAAGCAGAAGACACUACUGGAAUCCUUAGAACAGGUGGCAGACGAAGAUGAAGGCGAGGUUCCUUGCAAGCAGGCACGCAGCGACACCGACAAGGAAAGAGACUACGAGGAGUGGAAGAGGAGAAUAUUGGAGAAUGCGGCCAAAGCCGCCACCAAUGACACAAGUUGACCUGUUUCAUUAUCGGAUGCUUCUACUGUGAAUGUUGGCCAUGAUCCAAACAGGAGCUACUAUU